GUGUGUCUGUCUGUGUGUUCCAGAUGUGAUCCACACAGUGGGGCCCAUAGCGAUGGGGGAAGUGGGGGAGGAGGAGAGGAGCCGCCUCAGGGACUGCUACCAUCACAGCCUGCAGAAGGCCACCGAUACCAAGCUACGCACUGUGGCGUUCCCUUGCAUCUCCACUGGAAUCUACGGAUACCCACCUGAGCAGGCUGUGCACGUCGCGUUGGAGACUGUCAGGAAGUACCUGGAUGAACACCAUGAGAAGCUGGACAGAGUGAUCUUCUGUGUGUUCCUGCCCACUGAUAAGGAGCUGUACCUGAAAAACCUCCCUCUCUACUUCCCUUCUGCCUGCUGAUCAGAGUGCCCUGUUCGAACACAGGCUCACCUGUGAAGAGUAAACUCUGAAAGAGUGACGUGUGGAGUUGUGCAAUAAUGCUGCUCACCACAUGCAAUAUCCUCCUCAUCUUCCUCCUCCUCCUUUCCACCCACCGGCUCUGCACUAGAGAAGACCUGGGUGCAUAUCUUAACACUGGAUGAAUGUCUAGAGCUGAAUAAACUGCUURAUUAUCAAUGAACCUCAGGCUUCUGACCAAACUCAUCUGACCAGCUGUUUGUACAUGUUUGAAUAAUGAGAUGUUGAGGGACUUUGUGUGUGUCCACAAGAAUAGUAAACAAACAACAAUUUGACCAUCUGGGGACAUUUUGUUAGUCCCCACAGGGUCAAAUGCUACUUCUAGGGGGUUUAGGGUUAGUUUUAGGGUUAAGGUUAGGUUUUGGGAAAAUAGGUUUUUGAAUGAGACUGAAUUGUUUGUCCCCACAAGGUUAGCUGUACUAGAGUGUGUGUGUGGAGAAGAAGAAGCUAAUUAAAAGAGAUCACAGAGGAUUACGUGUUGGCAUUUUGGGGGAUUGGAUUGGAUUCACUGAGUUUGUCAGGUGGGACCGCUCCCAGUGAGUCCUUUCGUCUUUAGUGUGCGUACGUGCGUUUGAGUGUGUACGUUUGUGUGUCUGACUGAGUGCGACUGCCUACCUGAAAAUGUGUGUGUUGUCAUUCUCAGGCAGACCAGGUGGUGGUUUGUUUGAAAWUAAAUGACAGUUUGUUCCUGUCACCCCACCCUGUGCUCCCGCUUUCAUGUUUAGACAACUUUCUUUAUUGAUUUUCACAACAGCACAAAAAUAAAUAAGCAAUGCUGACAA